AUGAGAAUGAUAUCUAUAACAUUUAUUUAUUUUUCAUCAAUAAUGGUGAUGUUACCAAGCACAACUUACUCACAAACUCUAAUGUCUCCAAAAGUUAACCAAUCAGCUACAUACAUGUCACAAUGGUUUGAAGUGGGGCCUGGAGAAGUUGCAUCCAAAUUAAUGUUUGAUAUUGAUUUUGCAAGGGGUCAUAUUGGAGUUAAAAGCUUUGAUGUUGAUUUAGUUGAUGAACAAGGAAAGUCUGUACCAUUGCAUGAAGCUUACCUCCAUCACUAUUUUGCUAUAAAAGAUAUUGUAAAAAAGAAUAUGCCAUUGUCACACAAUCAUAAUGAUCAUAUCAAACCUUUUGGGGAUCCUAUUCUCAAAAGAAAUGAUGGGAUAUGCAACGGUGUUGAACAUGGUAACCCUGCAAAUACUCCAGAAGGAUGGGAAGAGAAAUGGAUAUUUACCCUCAUGGUCAUUGAUACACGUGGCACAGAAAAUAAGAGAAGUUGCACUGAAUCACGAAGGAGAAAGCUUGCCCUAAGAUACAAAGUGACAUGGGUAGAUUGGGACCAACACCAAAUUCCAGUUAGAUUUUAUAUACUCGAUUCCGCUGAUCGUGUGUUAAUAAAUGGUUCUCAAAUAAUCCAUGAUUGUCUGACUGAGUAUACUAUUCCAAAGAGUAAUAGUAUUCUUUCCAUGUUCAAAAAACAAGUAUUCCUAUAA